AUGUUUCAACCUCCUGAACCUUUUGAUUCCAAAUAUCCAGAGUUAUGGGAAAAGUGGUUUAAGCGAUUUGAAAGGUAUAGAAUUGCAUCAGGACUGGACAAUGAACCUCAAGUAAAACAAGUAAGCUGCUUGAUUUACUGUAUGGGGCCUGAUUCUGAGGACAUCUUAUCAACAGCACACCUCUCAGAAGAUGACAAAGCCUCAUAUGAAUCUGUAACAGAAGCCUUUGAUAACAUAUUUACUGGCAAAAGAAAUGUCAUAUACGAACGAGCAAAGUUCAAUUCAAGAUCACAACAACCAGAUGAAUUAUUUGAUACAUUUCUGGCAGACAUAAGCUCAAUGGCCGAACACUGUUCAUUCAAGAACCUUAAAGCAGAACUAAUACGUGAUAGAAUUGUAGUGGGUAUAACUGACAAACGUUUAUCGGCCCAAUUACAAGAAGAUUCAAAUCUUACAUUGGAAAAAGCAGUCCAAAAAUGCAAACAAAAAGAGUCUAUCAGCAAACAAGCAGCUGAACUAGAAAUGAUAUGCCAAGGAAAACAUGCAGAAGUUGACCGAAUCAAAUCAGACCAAAAACAAAGUGCAAGAUUUAACAAAACCCAUGAUUUAAAGACAACUAGGAAAGAAUGUUGUUGGAACUGUGGAGGUCCAAUGCACGCCAGGCACUUAUGCCCUGCUAAAGAUUUAGCAUGCCAUUACUGCCAAAAAAUCGGCCAUUUUGCCAAACAUUGCAGAAGCAGAUUAUUAGAGACUAAAACAACGGGCAACACGAAAGGACUUAACGAAAUAAGACGUUUGGACAAGCCUGACACUACUGAAGCUUCAAUAGCAUAUUUAGGACCUGUGAAUGCUUCAUGCUAUGACUCCAGUUCUUGGUAUGUAGAAAUAUUUAUCAAUAAUCAGUUAGUUAAAGCAAAACUUGAUUCAGGUGCAGAAGUUACAGCCAUUCCUUCAAAUGUAAUUCAUGCAAAACUUAUGAAAUCUGACCGUAUACAUAGGAAUGCUGAUCAGAGGGAACUAGAUGUAAGAGGUAUGUUUAUAGCAGACAUAGCUUACGAUGGGAAAAUGGUGAAAGAAAAGGUGUAUGUUGUUGCAGGAUUAAACGAACCUUUACUUGGAAUUCCUGCGAUUAAAUCUUUAAAUCUCAUAACCCUCAGAAAACCUGAUACUGCAGGACUUAACUCAAUUACCUUAGACUCUGUAUUAACUAGCCACCCUGAGCUUUUCAUUGGUCUGGGAAGCAUUCCAGGAGAAUAUAAGAUAGAAUUGAACGAAAACGCUCAACCGUACUCGGUUCGAGCUCCAAGAAACAUAUCAAUUCCUUUACGUUCAAAAGUGGAGACAGAAUUGAACAGAAUGUUGGACUUAGGAGUGAUAGAAAAAGUAGAGUCUCCAACUGACUGGUGUGCACCAAUAGUACCAGUACUCAAGCCCAAUGGUAGUCUACGUUUGUGUGUCGAUUACACUGAACUUAAUAGGAAUGUUAAACGGCCAAAGAUAAUACUACCAGAUGUAGAAGAAACACUAGGACAAAUUGGACGCUCUAAAAUAUUUUCAAAACUAGAUGCCCAGUCAGGGUUUUGGCAGAUAAAAAUAUUACCUGACACAGCUAAACUAACUUCUUUUAUUACUCCAUUUGGAAGAUUUUAUUUCAAGAGAUUACCCUUUGGCAUUACAAGCGCACCAGAGUUUUUCACUACACAGAUGUUUAAACUUUUAAAUGGUAUCGAUGGGGUAUUAUGUCACAUGGAUGACAUACUUAUACAUGGCCGAACACAAGAGGAACAUGAUUACCGGCUCACUCAAGUAUUAGAUCGCUUAAAAAAAGCAAAGGUUCUACUGAACAAAGAAAAAUGUUCUAUUUCCCAGACAUCUGUGAAGUUUCUUGGAAACCUGAUCGACUGUGAUGGUAUCAAGGUCGAUCCUGAUCGUAUACGAGCACUCGAGGAACUUCCCCCUCCUAAAGAUAUUGCGGGAGUUCGACGAUUAAAUGGUAUGUUGAAUCAACUGAACAAGUUCAUUCCAAACUUAGCUGAUAAAACUGAAUCAUUCCGUGAGCUUACUAGAAAGAAUAGACAAUUUUGUUGGACAAGUCAACAUCAAGAAGCCCUUUCAGACAUUAUACAGGCCGUCAAUGAAUCAAUAUCUUUAACUAAGUAUGAUGUAAAUGCUGAAGCUAUUGUUAUAGCCGAUUCAUCAGCAUAUGGAUUGGGUGCAAUGUUACUUCAGGUUGAAGAUAAAUCUCCCAAAGUAGUGAUGUUUGCUUCAAGGACCUUACAGGACUGUGAAAGACGAUAUGCCCAGAUAGAAAAGGAAGCUCUUGCAUGUGCAUGGGCCGCAGAAAAGUUUUCUAAGUUUUUAGUUGGAAAAAAAUUUAGAAUCCUAACAGACCACAAACCAUUAGUUUCGCUCCUUGGAAGCAAAGACCUAGACACAAUACCAGCUAGGAUUCAGAGAUUCAAAAUGCGAUUGAUGAAAUUUGACUACUCCAUCGAACACAUUCCCGGAAAAGAAAUGUUUACAGCAGACACAUUAAGCCGAGCGCCGAUCCCAGAUUCUACAGAUGAGUUCACAAAAGAGGUAGAGGCACACAUUAAGGUAAUAUCUUUAAACUUUCCAGCAACACAGUCAAGAUUGGAACAAAUAAAGAAUGCCCAGAUCCUGUGUGAAGAAUGUCAGAUGUUGGUGAAAUACACAGAAAAUGGAUGGCCUAAAUAUAAGAAGGAUGUGCCAGAGAGUAUGAGAAAGUGGUAUACCUUUAAAGACGACCUAUCUAUAAUAGAAGACUUGAUAUGUUAUAAAGAAAGAAUUAUUAUCCCAUUUGAACUUAGAAAAGAUAUCAUUAAUAAACUGCACGAUGGUCAUUUCGGGUCUACACGCACAGUCCUCCGAGCAAAACAAUCUGUGUUUUGGCCAGGAAUUACAACAGAGAUACAUAACUUGAUUGAAAAUUGUGACACUUGUGCUAAACACCAAAACCAAAAGUCAGAAAAAAUUAUUCAAUCAGACACUCCUGACUAUCCAUGGCAAAGAAUAGCAGUUGAUUACUUUGACUUUGUGAAAGGCAAAUACUUGGCUGUUGUGGACUAUUAUUCACGGUACUUGGAAAUGAUAAAUGUGUCCACAAUGACUGUAGAUGAACUAAUCAAGAAGAUGAAAGCCUGUUUUGCUCGACAUGGGAUCCCUGAAAUCGUAAUUUCUGAUUCUGGCUCACAGUUUACAAGCUCAGAAUGGAGAGCCUUUGCAGCCGAUUUUGGGUUUAAAACUAUUUGUUGUAGUCCCUUACACCAUCAGGCAAACGGUGAAGCUGAAAGAGCAGUCCAAACGCUUAAAAAGAUGCUUACAAAGAACAAAGACCCCACUCUUGCAUUACUGGAGUACAGGUCAACACCAGGUCCAUCAGGGUACAGCCCUUCGGAAUUGUUGAUGGGAAGAAGACUAAGAACACGACUACCGUCAUUGACGAAAGAUCUCAAGCCUAAAAUGGUAGAUCACAAGACAUUUAGAGAAUUGGACAAACUAUAUAGAACAACUCAAGCAGAUUACUUCAAUAAACGGCAUAGGGUGAGAGAUGAAAAGCAAUUCACUAUUGGGUGCAACGUGUAUAUUCCAGAUAGGAGAGAAGAUGGGAAGAUAGUUAAUAAGGUAGCUCCAAGAUCAUACACAGUUAAGACAAACGAAGGCAUGUUACGUCGCAAUGGGGUAAUGCUAAGACAACUACAACCCAAAACAUCUGAUGACCCUGGAACUGAGCCUAAUUGUUUUUCCUCAUUUGGUAGACAAAUAAAUCCACCAAGAAGAACAUGUCUUUAA